AGCAGCGGCAAUGCCCCUGUGGUCACGAUAAAUUGUCGACGGAGGCCCCUCACACCCACCCACAGACACAGCCCAGGUAUGUAUGUACGCACCGCAUACAGCCACGACGGAUCCAUCCACUCGCUCCCUUGGUCCAUAUAUCCCAUUCAGGUGUCAUUUCCCUUCUCUCCACGUGUGUGCUGCUUGGGUUGCUAGGUUCUUCCCCUGUCUGUCUGGCUGAUUGAUUGAUUCAACUCACACACAGGCUGGAUGGUGUUGUUCCACCUGAAGGGCAAGGAGGCCCAGCACGAGUUCCUCUACGAGUGCCCCGCCAGCACGCCCACCGCGGCCCUCAUCGCCGACCUCGUCCGCGUCCACAACACGCGCCUCAAGGUCAUGCGACUCGCAGACGCAUGCCUGGGGCUUGCCGCACACGGCCCGCUCCGGCCUGAGGAGACCCGCGGCCUCUCGGACGAGGUGGCCAAGCUGUCGGAGCUGAGCUUGGACAAGGGUGCCACGCACCCCGACCCCUCCAACUACCGCACUGGAGUGCCGCCCACGGCAGCCACGGCAGAGGUGCUCAAGCGGACGGCAGAGGAGGCGCAGGAGGCCGUCUCGCACAAACAGGUGGGUCGCACAAACAGACAGACAGGCGCACACACGAUGGGCAACUGAUCGUACGAUGCUUUGUGUCGUGUUGGGUGUGUCCCCUGAUGUGUCCAUUGUCGUCAGGUUGGUCAUCGGGUGUGCAUGACGGUGUCGCGUUUGCAGGAGUCGCUGGACAACUUGCGGGGUGCGGUCAUGAUAGCCUACCCGGCCUACCACAACCUCCCUGAGUGGGACCCGGCGCGCAUGAUCCUCGAGGACAAGGACCCCCUCGAGGGCACACACGAGGGCAAAGAGGUACAUACGGGCGGGAGGGCCGACGGCUGGGUGCCGGGUGCACCUGUGUGUAUCUGUCUCUGUGUGUGUCGGUUCAGGUGUUGUGCGAGUCAAGUACGGGUUUGUGGUGGGCGGGGAAGGAGAUGCGUCGCGGCAAGCUGGUCAGCGACUUCCUCGGCCGCAACGAAAAGACCAAAGUGGUGGCGCGCCUGCAGCCCGCCAACGCGGGUCGGUUCGUGUGCCGAACAUGAGCAGAUAGAUGGGCAGAGAGCGAGCACCUCCAUCCAUCCAUCCAUCAGCUGUCGACCUGUACUUCAUUUCUGUGUGUAUUCCUCUCCUUGGUUCUGUUGUCUUGUCCGUAGGUGCGCCAGUGCGCGAGCCGCGUGUGGAUGAGGAGACGCACAAGGCCAUGCUGUCGUUCUACCACAAGCGGCAGCAGGAAGACAAGGUACACACCUGCCCGAUAUAUGCCAUCCAUGACCCCACCCACCCGCGAUCACCUGCUUGUGUUGAAUUAGUUAAUUGGUGUGCUGUGCUGUGGUGUGGUGUGGUGUGGUAUCUGGAGCAGCAACUGGAAGAUGACGAGGACGAUUCGUAUCUCGGAUCGGCGUGGGCCAACCCCCGAGGCCUCAAAAACGCCCUCGUCGGCGGCGGCAAAGACAUCAAGUGGAAGCCAUUCAACUAAACUCUCUGCCUGCCUGCCUGUCCAGGCGUGUGUGGGUGAAGUUGACGUGAGUAGCGUUGGGGAGGCUGGGUGGAUGGAUGGAGGGAUGGGCUGACUGACUGACUGACUGUGUAUAGGGAUGGUUGUCUGUGCGGUGUACACUACACGGGGACGCUUCGCUUCGGUGUGGGGGGUCGGUUCAGUGGAUGGACGUCUGCUGAUGGUCUGAGGGCGUUCAUCAUUCAAGCGUUUGUCCAGCU